UCUGCGCACCGGCCCCGCCCUGCGGAGAGGAGCGAGUGCUCGGGCCCCACGCGAGGGGUUCGGCUGCGCGGCGGGGCUGAGGCGGCCGCGGCGGCCCGAGAGCAGGGAGCGGACGUUUGGUUCCUGGAACCUCGGCACUGAAGACGGCCAGGCCUCACGCACAGUGUAGAGCAGUGCUUCUUGGAAAAACUAAAAAAGCCCAUAAAAUGGCAGGGUACAGCGUGUAACCUCUGGGGAGCGGCAAUUUUCACUCAGCGGAACUCUGUGGAGCCCGUCCAAGGCGUGCUGAUCAAUAGACCGUCCCUCUUAAUUGCCAACUCUCUGGACACCGGAGGCCCAGAGCUGAUGGCAGACAAUGUCAGCCACUAACAACAUAGCCCAGGCCCGGAAGCUGGUGGAGCAGCUCCGCAUUGAAGCCGGAAUCGAGCGCAUCAAGGUCUCCAAAGCCUCGUCGGAACUCAUGAGUUACUGUGAGCAGCACGCCCGGAGUGACCCCCUGCUGGUCGGAGUCCCCGCCUCCGAGAACCCCUUUAAGGACAAGAAGCCUUGUACCAUUCUAUAGCUCUGUUUCCUGUGUGUUCUCCUCUCCCUCUUGCUCUCCCCCCACCUCCCCCCCCCCCCGUCUCAGUCAGGGCAUCAUUCAGUAAGCAACACAUUUUGAAUCUCUGAAACUUUUAAAGCCAAAAGAAAUGCAAAAAGUUGUCACCACCCAGAUGGGGUGAAAUGUAUGCUCUGGGUUAUGAUGGAUUUUCAGACGGAACAGUGCAGCCCUCAGGGCCCAACCAAAAGAGGGAUGGUGGCUUUACAGCCACUUCCGAUUAGGAAUGACUGAGAUGCCCAAGCAAUGUGGUCACCAUUUUUUUAACUCUCAGUGGCCACUUGAGCUGUGGUCCAGAACCGAGCAGGGCUGGGAGAAGGGAAGGGGCAGGUGCGUUAGCCGCUGGCCCCCCAACCUGGGCCACCUGGUUGGCCGGCCGUUCUCACACAACUGGCCCAUUUGUGAAGACUUCUGCCAGGUCGAUGCUACCGUGCUGUUUUUUAUUUUAAGCUGAGUAAAAUUGCGGGGAGGGUGGCACAUAAUGAGCUUUUCCGGAAAAAUCUCUCCUUUUCAUUUAAAAAAGUUAUUCCAUACUGCUAAAAUCAGAUUUUGAUGGCUGAACAUGCAGCUAAGCUGUACUGUGUACUAACACACAAGUGGAUUUUAGGGGGCAGGGAGGGGGCUUUGGGAAACACUCCCUGUGUCACCAAGUGUCACCCCGCUGUAUGACAUUUGUACGGCAUGUGUCAGAGGCAUGGCCACUAUUCAAAGAGAGCUGCAACCUGGGGAGGCCCUGUCUGGUAGGCUAGGCCGCCUGGUGCUUCGAGUGAACAGGUGGUAACUGGUCUGGAAGUAGCUGGAAGGUCUGGACAGUGAGGGCCUGCAGCCCCACCUCACUCACGGGGGAUCUGCUUUCAUACCCUGCAGACCCAGAACGUCUGAUUGGAGGAAGGGAGAGGAAUUAUAACAGUUCAUCACUCUUCCUACCAGCCUUGGAAAUUUAAGAUGUCAUGGAAUCAGGGGGUGGGGACAGGGGCCGUGUUUUUAAAUUACUUUUUCCUCUGUUACAUGGACAGUUAAAACAGCUGGAGGAAGAGGCUGAGAGCACCCCCCCUCCCCUGCCAGUGACACCUGCACCCACCAGAACCCCACACAGCCCUCGACUCAGGUCCCUGCCUGUCAUAUCCCUGGGCCUGAAGGCAAACUGUGGGAAGAAACAAGCCCAGCUCUGCCCCUGUGGCCCCAGUGGACGUCAGAGUCUGAGGCCCGUGUCAGCGGGGUCGUGGACGGCCGCCAGACCCAGGCCCUCGCCUCACAGCCGCGGGGCCGGGGCCAGGACCCAGGCUCAGAUCUUGCCAGAGCUGAGAUGGCUCCAGUGGAUGACCCUCUAUCUAGCUCCACCAGGGCACAGGCUGGAAGGCCGAGUCCUUCUCCCCAACACCCAGCUCUCCCCGGCCGGUCCGGGAGCACCAGGGGCUUCGGGGAGCCUGGCACCUCCAGACCUGCAGUUGGAGGGGGUAAGCCGUGAAGGCGCCCGGUGCUGCAGCCACGUUUCAUUGGGCAGGGAGCAGGCGGCUGGGCACCUCUCACCAUCCCCGGCAGGAUGGAACAAAAGCCAGUCCUGGGGCCGGUGGGAAGUGGGGGGCAUCUGCGGGCCCUUCCCACCAGCCCUCUGGUGACUAGCAAUGAGUGCUCCCCUUUUGCUCUGUGACAGAAGCCUUAAUCCCUUGAAGCCACAUCAGACCCUUGCACGCCCAUCCUUCCUCCUGCGUCCCCUGCUGUCUGGCCACCAGGCCCAAAGAGGGUGGGAGGUCCUGAUAUCAGUGUCAGGAGCACCCUGGGGCCCAGUCUCCCCUCUCUCCACCCCCGGCCUUGCCCAGCCCCACCUUGUGUCCCCACCCAAGUGACCCCAGAGAAGCCAGCAGGAAGCAAAGCCCAGGCCCCCUGGCUGACAGAGGUGGGGUUGAAACUGAGUUCAUCAGUUCCAUCAGCUGCUCUGCGCUCAGUCGCCCAACGUGUCUCCCACCCCCCAACCCUGCAGUAAACUGCGUCCUGGGCCGGGGAGGCUUCCCAGUCAGACACUGGGUGGUGUGGGGAAACUGAAGCCCUUUACCCACCUAUCACCGCACCUGCUUGGCGCCUCCCCCAGGUGCCCAGUGCCCUGUCCCCUGAGCCUGGCCAUCAGGUGCCCACAGCCUCGGACCCCAGGGAAGUGGCGAUCGGCAGAAACCCCACCAUUGUUUUCUUUCUGGCUGAGGAAAAACAAAACAAAACUUUCCUUAUUUUUUCAUUUGAAGUAAUUGUCACUGUCCGUAGUUAGACCUGAAGCAUCAGAGCACUCAUGACAACAUAUGCUGCUUGUGCGUUCCUGGCACCAGUGUCCGCCAUGAAAACAUGGUUAUGGGGCGUUUCGUGGCCUGGAAGAGCCCUUCGCAUUAGGGAGCUGGCGGGGUGGCAGCAUGAGCUUUGCGAAACCAUCCUCUCCCAACCAUGUCAUGGGGGAAAAAUAUUAAGGACACAUACACAGCAGGCAGGGGUGUGAGACAUGGGGCCUCCCUGUCCUCUGCAGCCGGUUCAGUGUGCCCAGUGGGCCUGCCCAAUCUGAUGACCCCCCACUCCAGGAAGAAGCUAGUCUGCGUACCCCUCCCCCAACCUCCCAGAGGUGACCUGGAGGCUAAGAAUUAAGUGAUGCAUUGUAAUCCCCAGCCCCAGGGGAUGUAAACCAGGGCUGGUGGGAAGGUGCUGUCUUUGUGGCUUUGAUGUCCCAGCUGGCCUCCUGUCCAAGACAGCGCUGGGCCUCCAGGCAGCUCAUCCACCCCGUGAACAGCUUCAGUCAGCCCUGCCCUGAGCUCUGAGGCUGCAGGAGAAGGCCCUGGGGCCCUCACCCCAAGCAUGAGUGACCAGGGGCAGUUUCCAGGCCAAGGUGAGGCCACAGAAGGUCCUUCCAGAGCACUUACAAGAAGCCAGCCUGCCACAGGGUCCCCUGAAAACAAGCCGUAUGUCGGACACUUGGCCGUCUUCCUUCUCAAUCCAUGGAACCCAUUGCCAAACAUUGUAACAACCAAUUCCCAGUUUUCAGAAGCAAUCUGUGGUUCUGGCAGGUUCUUCCCCAUCUGCGUUUGGAUGUCUGGUGGUUUUUAUUAUUUUUUAAAAAUUCCAGGUGUGUCACACCCACUUUCUCUCAGUGUUUUAAUAUUGUGUGGAAUUGUUAAUACAAAGUGAAUUAAUCCACAAUAAAAGGCUCACUGUCCUUUUCUCCCA